GUAAUCGUUCGCGACACGACACCCUCCGCACACAAGCAUUCUCUUGACGCUCAUCCAAUUAAGUUUCAAAGAUGAAAAUCUUCUCAGGCACGAUGGUUCUAAUGUCGGCCAUUAUAUCCAUCUCUCCUCAAUACUUCCAUCAGCACUCGGUUGGCCAACAUCAAUGGUGGUUGCCUUAUUACCAACAGCCACACGCAGCAUUUCAAUACGGUUAUGAGUAUCAACCAACGGCGUUACUGUAUCCUGUUGCAACUGACCUCCCGUCCUUCCGAUAUUCGUACGCUGCGAAUACACCUAGCACAUUCUUCCGUGAACAUGAAGGACUGGGUCGAGGCAACCAAGGAAAGCAAGAAAAUUGGGUACGACUGUUACCUACCGUUGGUUACCGCUAUAAGAACAAUCCCAAUGAAGAGGUUGAUGUCAUGCCAAGGAUUAAGAGCUCCUUUCUAGAUUUCCCUGCCGGCAAGAAGCAAGGACAGGAAGGCCGUUUGUUUUAUUUCAACUCAGAUUCUUCUAUCAAUCCAUUCUUGAAAACUGUUACGUUGAGAGUAACUUCGACUUGCACAUCUCUAAGCAUCAUAUCGUGCAUUCCGGCCGCCAAUCUUCCAGACGCACCUAUUCCAGCUUGCCGUCGUAGGCGUGACAUUGAAAUGAGUCAUCCAGGUGAAGACGGAACGCAGUUUUCUGUCAAUCCAUCUAAAGUCCAACCCGUUACGCCUACCGCGGCGCCGUGGCCAGUUGUUCCCCGUGAUUCCGCUCAAAUUUCGUCAGUUGAUGUGAUUUCAUCAAAAGAACUGGAGAUCAACAACUCUAAAUUGAGAGGAUUUUCGAACCAAUCUGAGAAGCCCGACAGGGAGGCUAGAUUUAUUUGGAAACAUCAAUUCACGUCAACUACGACAACCAGUUGGUCGGUCGUCUCCAGUACACUUACGCAAACGUUUGUUCCAGCGGCUGACUUGGCCUGCUUGCCACCCGGAUACGUUGUCUGCUAAUUUGUGCCGUUUUAAAUUUGGUGUUUUGCAAAUUAUUUUAUCCCAACAGAUUUUCUGUUUAAUUUCUGCUUGAGAAUUGUGUUUAAACUAGGGCAAUUGGUUCUGUUUCUGGUUAUUUUCUUUAAUUUCUUCACUUACCAUAAUGCAUGUCAUUGUGUGUAAAUUGGAAAAUUAAUGAAACAUAAACUGAAAGUAUUAAGGAACUGGCUGGUGCGAAGAUACGGCGUUCUUACCACACUAGAUUGUUCCAGUUUUCUCACCUUUGCAGAGCUCAACUCCUCUGCACAGCAAGAGCGAAAUCAGCAUCACCAAACGUGGAAUGGCUUGCCCAAAUUUACGGCAUUGAACACUAUCGCAAUCGAU